AAUAACAUAAUGAUGAAGAUGGUUCCUUGGGGUAAAGGGAAAUUUUGCUCGGUAAUCAGCGAGUUUUAGAAAAAAUUUUACGAUCUGUAUUUAUAAAUGGCAUUAACUUGAUUGAAAUGGUAUACCAAUUUUUCUUUUAAGAUUUAACAAUUUUCCUCGUCAGUAUCAAGCCAAGAUGUGUAUAAAUAUAAUCGUCAAAUGAUAUGAGAAAUUGAUGCUUCAGCACUCAAGCACGUAUAAAUAUAAUCGUCAAGUAAUAGUUCAUUAGUAUAUGAUUCGAGAAGUUGGUACAGGAGUUUCCUUUCUAUCGUAAGUGAGUAGUCAAGAAACUGAUUAAUGAUGUUCAAAACGACCAUUAUCGCUGUCGGCUUUCUAUUUUGUCUGAUCCUGAAAACCCAUGGAUCUGCGCAAAUUCCGUUCACCAAACAAUGGGACGCCAACUACACAUUCUCGCCUAACGUAGUCAAGGUCAACAAUCGUCUCUUAGUCGUUGGUUUGCAAAAUAACACAGUCGUCGUAAACUCAACUUUCGGUGGUAACCAGUCCAACACUUGCGAGCACGACUUUUUCAAUCCGGACGAAUACACCUUCGAUGAAACGGAAGUCACCGCUCUUGGUAACGGUAAAAUCGUUAUCAACACUGUGUUAACGUCAAAUCAGAGUGAAGGGGUGUCCAACGGACUACCUGCACGCUGGCGCCUGCUCCUCAUCCUGGACCCAUUCGAUUGUUCUACUCUCAAAAAAGUUGAGCUGCGCAAAGAUAAGGAAUUCAGUUUCGAAGCUCUCGUACCUUAUCACGACAGCUUUGAUGUUUUCCAGUACAACAUAUCGGAUGAAAAUGUUGGUGAAUCGAAGAAACCUCAACGUUACAACGACCAAGGCGAACAAAUGCAGCUGGACCACUCCAUCGAUUUGGAGAACGAUUGUUACAUCAUGAAAAUCGAAACGAUCGAACCGUACGAUGCGUCUAAGGGGUACAUUUGUUCCAUUCGCAAAGGUGAUAAUGAAUAUUUCUUGAGGUUUCUUGACUCUAGCUUCGGAAAUGUAAAACAAGUCGCUACUGAUGGAAGUAUUCAAAUCUACACCUGGUCAGCAACUCACGGUGCAGUUAACUACUGUUACACCGACUUCAAGAGAAACAAGGAUGACGCACAUGAAAUAGAAAGUCAAAACGUAUUCUGCAAGCUGAUGGACCCUGAGCUCAAAUCCAAGGCAUUAGUUGAGUUACCGAAUCCCGAUAAUGUGAUCCGCAUUUAUGACAUCAUCGCAAUUAAUCUACCGGAUGGCGGAGCUUUAGUUAUAGUAGACGAAGACGACAUUCGCGCGAUGGAGCGUGAUCCGAUGAAGAUCCGCGUACACCACAUCAAUGCCGAUGGAACUGUGCGAGAACCAGCCGAUAUCUUAGCAGAAAAAUCUCUGUUCUAUCGUUACUAUGUGACAGACGCAAUUUUAUUGAAUGACGAGCUUUGUUUUGUCAAUGCCGGAUCGUUCUUAUCUCACGAACAGUUCAAUCCUGAAAAGAAUCAUGUUUGGAUUGAUUGUGUCCAAGUUUCGAGUUUGUAAAAAAAAUAUUUUUAUUGUAUAAAAAUCUUUGUCUCUGUAAUAUUUAAAAUAAAAUAAAUAAAUUAUAUUAUGAAUA